CAAAACCCACAACAACAAUGACAAUGGUUAAUUUACAUGGAUGGCGCUAUGGCAUGUUUGUCGGGUGUCUGGUGGGAUUCAUUAGUGCCACUGUCUAUCCCAUCAUCAUUUACCCGAUGAUGAACAUCGACACUUACAAGAAAAUUCAGGCAGAAAACAGAAAGAACAUUAAACAGGAGGAGAUUCAACCAGGAAAUAUGAAAGUUUGGAGUGACCCAUUUGGACGAAAAUCGUAGUUUUUCUGUAUCUUAAUUAAUUUUGUUCAUAAAUAUCAACAAAUUUGUAAUGUAAAUUAAAUAAAUUUAUGGUCAUUUA